ACUUUCCCUCUCUGAGUUAGGGUUUUUGAUUCGACGUUUCUCUUUUGUUUCGAUUUUGUCUCUGUAUCGAUUUUCUCGCCGCGAAUUUCGAUAGGUUCUUCACCAAACGAUUCGGUCUUGUUUCUCCAUUGUUGUUUGCUUCUCUAUCGAUAUGGCUGGUAAAGGCGGGAAAGGGCUUAUAGCUGCGAAGACGACGGCGGCAGCUGCUAACAAAGACAGUGGUAAGAAGAAAUCCAUCUCUCGCUCUUCUCGCGCCGGUAUUCAGGUAUCCCUCAAACCCUAGCUUCCUUCUCUUUUUGCGUUGUUGAGAAUCGAGUGGCUCUGAGUUUGAAUUUGCUUUAGGGUUUUUGAUUUAUGUUCAUUUGUGAUUUGGGAACUAGAUUUGGACUUUGUUCUAUGUUUAAUGCAUUAUUGGGAAAUUGUUGCCUCUCUAGUUUCUGGAAAUAUGUUUUGCUCUGUGUUUCUGUUACAAAGUAACAAUGGCUGAUACACACAAACUUGGUUUCUUUGUAUGCACUCUUUGUAGCUGCGUACGUUGGAAAACAGUGCUAUCUAUCUAGAUUCAAAAGUAACUUUUAUACAAUGGAAUGCUUCUGUUUUGUAACUAAUUAGUGUACUACCAAUUGUGUGUGUGUGUGUUUGUUUUCUCUUCAUCUUUCUUUUCUGGGAAUCUAAUCCAGUCAUUGUUCUGUAAUUGUCAUUAGUUUACUUUUGGGAUUCUUCCUUGUUAAAGCCGAAUUGUAGAUAUCACUAGUGAAUCCCUACAAGUCUAUGUUUCUUAUACGGCUUUAUUGCUGCAGUGUCUUUUACUAUGAUAAUCACUUGAUAUGUUGUAAUACCUAUAAGAUGUAACAAGCAAAUAAAAGAACUGUGUGGUUAGUUUAAGUGUCUUCUGUACUCAUUGGAUUUUGUGUAAUUGGUUAUCAUACAUUGUGUUUCCCCUAUAUAAAUGGUUGCAGUUUGA